AAUACGCGACCAACCCGAAAUCGUUCGAAACUCUGAAAUCGCAAUUUUCUCUGCAGCGAAGAACUUUACUCAUCUCCCACAAGGCCUAAUCUUCUUCCGUGACUUCUUUGCUGUUCCGUAAUUCCUCCUGGUUUGUUUUUGCCUAAUAUGAAGAGAAACCCAUCAGCGAAAAAGACUAUAUUCAUCUUCGAAUUUUAUCAAUGGAUGGGAAGAAAUCGAGUGCGUGUGGUGGAGACGAAGAUCAUUCCUUUGUCUCGUCGUCUAUGGGAGGUGAAAAAUCGAAGAAGAAAUCAUCUUUGAUAGAUGAAGAGAGCUCCAUUGGCUUGGAGCUAUGUGAGAACCCUAAAGCUGAGGAAGACAAGGUUGUGAUCACCGGAAAGAAGAAGGGAAAGAAAGGUUGUAAAAAACCUAUGGAAGUUAAGGAGAAUGAUGAAUUUGCUCUGCCUGAUCUUGAAGAUGAUUACAAGGAGGAAGCAGAGGAUGAUGAUAGUGUUAAAUUGGGCGAUGAGUCGAUGCUUGGAAGAGAAGUCACCGAGGAUAAUUCUGCUACUAAGAGUGAGGAGGUUGGAGAAACUUCAAAAAGUAAGAAAAACAAGAAAAACAAGAGUGGAAGGAGUGCACGUGAAGAAGAUGAUUUGGACAAGAUUCUUGCAGAACUUGGGAUAACUCCUGUUCCUGUUUCACAUGAGCCAGUUGCACCUGCAGAUGGUGCUGGUGAGAAGGAUGGAGAAGAAGAGACUGUUGAGUCAGCUGCAGCAAAGAAAAGGAGAAAGAAGAAGGACAAGAUAAAGAAAGCAGAUAUGUCUUCUGUGGAGGCUAAUCAAGAGAACUCAAUGUCUGAGCCAUCACAGCCCAAGAAGAAAGAUGGAAAGGGUAAAGUAGCGGAGAAGAAAGUUCCUAAACACGUUCAGGAGAUGCAAGAGAUUAUUGCGAGGCGGAAAGAAGCUGAAGAGAGGAAGAUGAAGGAGGAAGAAGAGAAGCUGAGGAAAGAAGAAGAAGAGCGCCUCAUGCAGGAAGAGCGAGAGAGGGAAGCUGAAGAGAUUAGACAGAGGAGAAGGAUAAGGAAUAAGGAGAAAUUGCAGAAGAAGAAGCAAGAGGGCGGGAUUCUAACAGAAAAGCAAAAGAGGGAUCAGGCUUUCAAGAACAAGGCGUUGACUGAAGCUGGGAUUCUUCUUGUUGCAGAUAAAAACGGUGAUUCCUCAAAGCGUCCCAUUUAUGCCAACAAAAAAAAAUCAGCUCGCGAAAAAGCAAAAGGUUCUGCUUCUCUCCAGGUGAAAGAUGAUGUAGAAACAAAACGAGCUGAUGAUGAAAGGAUUGAUAGAAUAGAAUCAGCAGGCACGAAAGAAAAGCAAGCAGCUGCUUAUGUAGAACAUGAGAAUGGUGAUGAGAAGGAUGAUUGGGAAGCAGAAAGUGGUGAUUAUGAUGAAGAGGACGAAGAACCUCAGCCUGUGGUUGAUAUAGAAUUAAAAGACACUACAUCAAAGACACAUUAUUCAGAUCCUCUCACUGAUAGUCCAACAGUAACGGCAGGAGUUGCAGGCAAGCCAACAACAGCUGCCAAAAAAGCUAUGCAUAAGGUGGAUGAUGCUACUCGGCCAAAAGAUACUUCUAAAAGGGGUAAAGGUUCAGUACUGAAUGAAGAAGGUAUUAAAGAAAAACAAGAAAAUCUUCGCUCUCCCAUUUGCUGCAUCAUGGGACAUGUUGACACUGGUAAAACAAAGCUGUUGGAUUGCAUCAGAGGAACAAAUGUUCAGGAAGGUGAAGCUGGAGGUAUUACUCAACAGAUUGGUGCAACGUAUUUCCCUGCAGAAAACAUCCGUGAGAGGACCAAGGAGUUAAAGGCUGAUGCAAAAAUUAAGGUGCCAGGUCUAUUGGUUAUUGAUACGCCUGGGCAUGAGUCAUUCACAAAUCUGCGGUCAAGGGGCUCAAAUUUGUGUGACCUUGCAAUUCUAGUGGUUGACAUAAUGCAUGGUCUAGAGCCACAAACUAUAGAAUCUCUAAAUCUUUUGAGAAUGAGGAAUACAGAAUUCAUUGUUGCCUUAAAUAAGGUUGAUAGACUAUAUGGGUGGAAAACAAGCAAAAAUGCUCCUAUAAGGAAGGCGAUGAAGCAGCAAUCGAUAGAUGUGAUUAAUGAAUUUAACACGAGGCUCACUAGUGUUAUAACUCAGUUCAAAGAACAAGGACUCAACACUGAGCUUUAUUACAAGAACAGAGAAAUGGGAGAAACUUUCAGUAUUGUACCUACUAGCGCUAUUAGUGGGGAAGGGAUUCCAGAUCUGUUGCUGUUGCUGGUACAAUGGGCUCAGAAAACAAUGGUCGAGACACUCACAUAUGCUGACAAACUGCAGUGUACCGUCCUUGAGGUCAAAGUUAUUGAAGGCCAUGGUACGACAAUUGAUGUUGUUUUGGUCAAUGGUGCUCUCCACGAAGGUGAUCAAAUCGUUGUUUGUGGGUCAAAGGGACCAAUUGUAACAACUAUUAGAUCAUUAUUGACUCCUCAUCCUUUGAAGGAACUACGCGUGGAGGGUAAAUAUCUGCAUCAUAUAGAAGUAAAGGCUGCACAAUGUAUCAAGAUUACUGCACAGGGCCUUGAACACGCUGUUGCUGGUACUUCCUUGCAUGUGAUUGGACCUGAUGAGGAUGUAGAAGAAGCCAAGAAAACGGCCAUGGAAGAUAUGGAGUCCGUUAUGAGACGGAUUGACAAAAGUGGUGAAGGAGUUUAUGUACAAGCUUCUACAUUAGGGUCUUUGGAAGCAUUGCUUGAGUUUUUGAAGUCCCCAGAUGUAGAAAUACCUGUCAGCGGUAUUGGUAUAGGACCUGUGCAUAAGAAGGAUAUCAUGAAGGCCGGCGCAAUGCUAGAGAGGAAAAAAGAGUAUGCUACGGUUUUGGCUUUUGACGUGAAAGUAACUGCAGAGGCUCGCGAACUUGCAGACAGAAUGGGAGUAAAAAUCUUGUGCGCUGAUAUCAUCUAUCAUCUGUUCGAUCGGUUUAAUGGUUACCUGAAGGAUAUCAAAGAGGAGAAAAAGAAAGAAACAGCCUGUCAAGUAGUGUUCCCAUGUGUCCUUAACAUUUUACCAAACUGUGUCUUUAAUAAGAAAGACCCAAUCAUCCUGGGAGUCUAUGUCGCCAAUGGAAUACUCAAGGUUGGAACUCCCAUGUGCAUUAUCAAAGAGAUUGAGAAUCUAAGAGUGUUUAUGGAUAUUGGUCGCGUUGCUUCUAUCAAGAAGAACAAUAAUACAGUUGACUCUGCUACGAAAGACGAGAUGGUGGCUAUUAAGAUCAUUGCCUCUAACCCUGGAGAACAGAAGAUGUUUGGGAGGCACUUUGGUAUAGACGACGAGCUUGUCAGUCAUUUUUCUAGUCGAUCAUUCGACAUACUCAGAGCAAACUACCGAGAUGAGUUAUCUCGAGACGAGUGGGAGCUUGCUUUGCAACUUGAAAACAUGUUCAAGAUACAAUAGAUUCACUCUCUUUACCUAAUUACAUUUUGAAGCUAAACACAGAGAUUAUUACAUUGAAGAUUUGAGAAAGACAUUUUGCGUUUCCUUUUUCUUUUGUAAUUUGCUGAUUGAUAAUGAUUGUUCUUCGGUUUUGA